GCGAAAGGAAGCAACUAGAGCACAGCCAACACACACACUAGUCUCGCACUCCACUGAUUAUAGUACGCUGUGGAAGUCGCUCGGGCCCCAUUUUAUCCAGCACGUUUUGAUCUUUGCGAACGAUGAAUGUGGUACCUUCAGGCAUUUGGAAAUUGCUCCCAAGAAUGAACCAGACUUGUGGAGGUCCACAAUGUUUUUCUGAGGUCUUGGCUCAGAGGCACUGAGUUUGAAGUAGUGACGGGCAGCUGUCAGACCUGAGUAUGGAUGAGUUACAGGAUGUGCAGUUGACUGAGAUCAAACCCCUCCUGACAGACAAGAAUGGACAGAACUUCCAGGACUUUGAUUGUCAGGAGCAUGACAUUGAGACUCCCCAUGGUGUCCUUCACGUGACUUUGAGAGGGACCCCAAAAGGAAACCGACCGGUCAUUCUCACGUAUCAUGACAUUGGACUCAAUCAUAAGUCAUGUUUCAACACGCUCUUCAACUUUGAGGACAUGCAGGAGAUCACCCAGCACUUUGCUGUGGUCCAUGUGGAUGCUCCAGGCCAACAAGAAUCUGCUGCUCCUUUCCCCACUGGGUUCCAGUAUCCCACCAUGGAUGAACUUGCCGAGAUGCUGCCUUCAGUUAUGACCCAGCUGAAAAUCAACAGUGUGAUUGGAAUCGGUGUGGGUGCAGGAGCCUAUAUCCUCACUAGACUGGCUCUGAAUGAGCCUGCUCUGGUGGAGGGGCUGGUUCUCAUCAAUGUGGAUCCCUGUGCUAAGGGCUGGAUUGACUGGGCUGCUUCAAAGCUGUCUGGGUGGACCAGUAAUCUCGUGGACAUUGUAAUGGCGCACCAUUUCAGUACGGACGAGCUGACCGAGAAUGCAGAGAUUAUUCAAACAUAUCGCCUGCACAUUGCUCAGGACAUCAACCAGGACAAUGUGGCUCUCUUCUGCCACUCUUACAACAGUCGGCGAGAUUUGGAGAUUGAGAGGCCCAUCCCUGGACUUAAUGAAAAUACAGUCAAAACACUGAAGUGUCCAGCCCUGCUAAUAGUUGGUGACUCAUCGCCAGCGGUAGAGGCUGUGGUUGAAUGCAACUCUAGGCUAAACCCAACCAAGACUACUCUACUCAAGAUGGCAGAUUGUGGUGGACUUCCCCAAGUUGUCCAACCGGGUAAACUUGCAGAGGCUUUCAAGUACUUUGUCCAGGGAAUGGGCUACAUGAUGCAUUCUUCAGCGUUCCCCCAUGUUCUGCUCAGCCAUCUGAACAGCGAAUCAGUGCCCACUGCUAGCAUGACCCGGUUGGCGCGGUCUCGCACCCACUCUGCUUCCAGUAUGGGCUCAGCAGAUGGCUCUCGCAGCCGGGCACAUACCAGCUCACAGAUGGAGGGAGCCACUGGCAGCUCCAUCCACGACAACCAGACCCGACCACAAACCAUGGAGGUCUCCUGCUAAAGCAUCCAUAACCAUGCCACCAUCUCUCCAACUGGGAUCGUCCUAAUGAAGGGAUGCAAUGUUUGACUUGUAAUCCAUGUAUUUAAAAUAUUACUGUACUUCUCCACUGCAUGGACAUGCACUAACAUUUUGCUGUUGUUUUUACCUUAAUCUUUAUUGGCUUACUACUUUAUUUCUCCAUUCUUUUAUAUUUGUGUUGUCCUUUGGAGAAAGAGGUUAGUUUUCAGUCUCUGUAUGCUUCUCAUGUAUAUAUUUUGCUGAAGGCUGUUGUAUACUGAACAAUAUUUCAAGGGUUUUCUCAUCUGUAGUGAGUCUUCUUUCCCUCUCUCGCUCUCAAAGGUCUUCCUUACCCCUUGUGUGUUUACUAUAGAGAUGACCAAACCACUUCUCUUCCUCCUUGUCAUCUAUUGUUCUUUUUGUUCUUCAUUUUCAGAACUGAUUUCUUUUUUGGGAGUUUCUCUAUUGUCAUUUGGCAGCGGCUAUUAAUGAGUUCAUUUAAAUGUAUGGCUCUGCCAUUAUAAUGUUUCUAGAACAAGAGCUAUUGACUAGCAUGUCCCUAUUUAAAGUGUGGCAUAGGAAUUUACAGUAUAUUAGUUUGGUUUAUGUUUAGAUCUUUCUUGAAAAGGUUUUACAAGUCAGUUUGGUUUCAUUUUGAUCAGUCUGGAGAGCUAUAUUAAGUUGUAUACCAGAAGCCUCUUUCUAGCAAAAAGUUGCACUUAAGUCCACUUAAAAUGCAGCUCACCAUCUGUGUUAGGCAAUUACAAAUAUUAGCUACUCUGGAACAAGCAGAUAUGCCAAUAACUGUAACCAAGAUCUAUAGCUCAAAGAACACCAUUCAGAGAACACAUAUAUACCAUAGAGAGCAGAGGGUGUCUUUCAGAUAUAAAAUUCCCUCUGCAAAGUGGAUAUCCGGAUAACCUCGAAUAAUUUUGACUACUCCAUUAGUUUCUUAAGUUUUAUUGUUAUUGGUCUAUAUUUGUAUUUCAGUGGGUGGCAGUUCUGUUGAUUACUGAUUUGUAACGCUGUUUUGAGUGAGUUUGUAAUGUGUUGUGCUUUGUCCUCCAAGCAUUUAGGGGGCGUUGUACUGCAUACUGUCUGCUGAUUAUAUCAAUUUGUACAAAUAUUGAAAUAAAGUAGUUGUACAUAAAA